AGUGUCUGCAGCCCGGGGAUUCCCCGAGGGAAGUUCCCAACUCCACUAAAUAGGCCAUUGAAACACUCACACCACCGCCAUAUCCUCUGAAACACUUCUCUAACUUCGUGUCGGAGUCAAACAAGGCGACGGAGCCGCGGAGGUGUCGACACAACUUCUUGGACGACGACAGUUUCGCGAAUGAAGGGCUCAUGUCUUCUCCGUCAGUGAUGACCGUGGAGAAGACGGCAUGGAGAGGAACAUUGGAGACCAACUCAACAGAGCUUUUGAGGCGUAUCGUCAGGUCUCCAUCGAGAAGGAUAACGCCAAGAAGGAACUGCAGCAAAUGACUGAGUACUACGAGCGCUACACGCAGAAACUUCAAAAGCAGAUCGAGGACCAGCAGCAACUGAUUUCUGUUCUUGAGGCUCAGUUGUUAGCAGCGACGAAACCAUCAGACAAGAUGCCCUGCGACCCCUGCAACCAUCUGGCUGAUGCCGCCGCUGCCUUUCAGAACACACAGUAUCCGGCUGCAAUUCCAGUUGCUCCUGUCGUGCCGCCAGUUCACAGCAACAUUAAGUAUCAGGACAUGCUGGAGGCUUUCGAAGCGAUUCAAGGGAAAUUCCGGCAGAUUCAGUUUCUGUCUCGACGGCAGAAAGAUCACUUAAAGAAAUUCCAUGGGAGAAAUGAAACCUCGAACGGAAGCGUUUCUUACUUUCCCCAACUGUCCUGCUGUCCCACAGAUCAGCGCUUCUCCAUGCCCAUCCAGUGCACCGAUCGCACCGCCGAGUCCGAGACGCCAUUCACCACCACGCUGAGGUCGGCGGCGGACAUCCCACUCCCACCCACGUCCCUGGCGUCUCGCGGCGCCAGCCCCGACGACCGAGACCUGGUAGACUCUCUCACCAAACUCAGCGUCAAAUUCCCGCCAAAUGAGGACAGCGAGUACGACUUCCUGAACAGCACCCCGGAGCGAAACGUGGGUCCCAACAUGGCCGUGAGGAAACCUCAGGCGAUGGUCGCCGCCACAGGGACGGAGGAGGAGGAGCACAUAGAACUGGCGGUGCCUUUUGUCUUCCCCGCAUUCCCCUCCCACUCCACAUCGCCCUCGCUCUCCCAGGAGAGUGUGAGAGGGCCCCAGCAGCCACUCUGGAGACCCAAACCGUGUCACAGUGCAGACGUGGAGACAGAGUCGUCGUCGUCAUCGCUGCCGAGCAGCAGCAGCCCGGAUAAAUGUGAGUUCUGUCAUGCCAUCGUGCCUCAGGAGUGCAUGAACAGCCACCUCUACUCACAUUUCUCGCCGAAAAGCGAGGCCGAUAUAUGACGCCGCGGGCUGAGACUGAGCGGGCCGAGACCCCAGCGCCUUCAGGACUUUCUGUGCGGGUGCGGCGCUCGGCCUCGGCUGAAGUACGGCGACUCAACACUGCAUUGACACUUGAAUCAGUUUAUUUAAUAUAAAGAAUCGAUGGUACAACCACACCCCUGUUUUAUUUUUCUAAUGUCACUGUUUAGAUUUUUACUGAGUGACAAAUGUACUAAAAUAAAGAUAUUUACUCCAGCUGGAAUGGUUUUCGGUAACGUGAGACGACAUAUUACAAAUUAUAAUGAAUUAUAAUACAUUUGAAUUUAUAAUAAGAAAUUAUAAUUUGAUAUGAUCAGUAAAACUUCAAAUUAUGAGGAUUAAUAAUAAGAAUAAGACAGAAAUUACCGUUGAAAUAAUAUGGAUGUUAUUAAAUGGAAUGUGAUUUGAAAACAGAAAUUCUGCAAAUUACAAUACAUAGAAAGCCAAGGUCAUAUUCAAAUAAACAUGAAAAUUCCAAAGAAUUCUGAGCUAUAACUUAUGAGAAAAAUGAACAAAACAAUAUAAAGUCAGGGCAUGCAAUUUUAAUGGACGCUUAUGGAAAUAAAUAUCAUUUGAGAAUAUAAUUUAGUUUAGUUUUUUUGUUGAGCAGCAUGGUCCCCUAACUUCUGAGCAAAACAAGAGGAUAGUGACGCGUCUCAACUCACUGUCACUAGUGUGGACGUGCUCCGUGGCUCUGCCCUAUGUUGAGCA